GUGUUACGUCUCGAGUGAAGGAGAGAAGCCCAGUGUCCAAUGUACCUACCCUACCGAGUCAGUCACUGGCACUCAGUCCGCCUCCAGAUAACAAAACCCUAAAGAAAAAUGUACAGGGGACCAUAGUCCUUAGCCGCCUCCGUGUUUGUUACUCCCUCCCUUCCUCCAUUCUCGAACCCAAUCUCACCACUCGUUCUCCUCAAUCCGACGGCAUGGCCCAUCGCAGCUCCGUCAGCCUCCUCAACCAAACCCCGUUCUCCACGACCCUCGCCACAGACAUUUCCACCACCGUUAUUCCCAUUACCAUUGACUGAAAAUCCCACUUCUACCCUCGCCCAACUCACUCCUCGUACUCGCCUUUGAUACAACUCGCGCGUGCGUUUUCGGAUCCCUUGCCGAGAUUCUUUUGUUCGAAUCUUUGUUAUUCGGAUCGGGUCAAUCCGGUAAUCUGAUCUGGGUUUGCUCGCUAGCUGUCGUCGAAGAAAAUAUGGCUACCUUGUGUCUGAGGGGCUCUGCUCUCCAGUCUCCGCGUCCCAACUGUGGCGAUAAUUAUAAGAGGAAUGCAAAGUGGAGGUCUCCACAAGCAGCUGUAAUACCUAAUUUUCAUCUUCCAAUGCGCAGUUUGGAGGUUAAAAAUAGGACAUCAGCAGAGGAUAUAAAGUCUCUUAGAUUGAUAACAGCAAUCAAAACUCCAUACCUACCUGAUGGUAGAUUUGAUCUAGAAGCAUAUGAUGACUUGGUGAACAUGCAGAUUGUCAACGGUGCUGAAGGAGUUAUUGUUGGGGGCACAACUGGUGAAGGCCAAUUGAUGAGCUGGGAUGAACAUAUAAUGCUUAUUGGGCACACAGUUAACUGUUUUGGUGGGUCAAUUAAGGUAAUUGGAAACACUGGUAGCAAUUCGACAAGGGAAGCAAUUCAUGCCUCUGAACAGGGUUUUGCUGUUGGAAUGCAUGCUGCCCUUCACAUUAAUCCUUAUUAUGGUAAAACCUCCCUGGAGGGCAUGGUUUCUCACUUCGAAAGUGUUCUAUCUAUGGGCCCCACCAUCAUAUACAAUGUGCCUUCACGGACUGGCCAAGAUAUUCCCCCGCGUGUGAUUCACACUGUAUCCCAGAGUGCCAACUUGGCUGGUGUUAAGGAGUGCGUUGGAAAUGAUCGAGUUGAACAGUAUACGAAGAGCAAGAUAGUGGUGUGGAGUGGGAAUGAUGAUGAAUGCCAUGAUGCUAGAUGGAGCCAUGGGGCAACUGGGGUGAUAUCUGUUACUAGCAACUUGGUUCCAGGUUUAAUGCAGGAACUUAUGUUCGGAGGAAAUAACCCUUCACUGAAUGCAAAGCUCAUGCCUCUGAUUGAGUGGCUUUUCCAUGAGCCAAAUCCCAUUGGCUUAAACACAGCUCUUGCUCAACUUGGAGUAGUGAGGCCAGUUUUCAGGCUCCCAUAUGUACCUCUUCCUCUGGCAAAGAGGAUAGAGUUUGUUAACUUGGUAAAGGAGAUUGGCCGGGAGAAGUUUGUUGGAGAACAGGAUGUUAAGGUUCUUGAAGACGAUGACUUUAUACUAGUCUCUCGGUAUUAGAAUGUUUUGCUUGGUCUCUGUAUUAGUCUGUUUUUCAUGCUCUAGAGCCUUGUCUUGGAUCUUGAAGUUAUGAGUUUUUUUUUUUCCAUUUAUUAUGUCACCAAAUUUGUGAUAUUUACUUACAGCUAUAAGUAUAAUUCCUAAGGGAUAUUUGGACUGGUUUACCUCA